AUGUCUUACGAAUGGCAGGCUCCCAAAGAAGGGGAUGUUAGAUCUCCUUGCCCUGCUUUAAAUGCUAUGGCUAAUCAUGGUUAUUUACAACUAUUCGAAGCCCUUCAGAAGGUUUUUAACGAAGACGCUAUAUUAGCGACGUUUCAGGUGGCUAAUUGUUUUACGAUAUAUGGAAAAUGGUUUGCAGGAAAAAUAUCAUUAGAAGAUCUCUGUCAACAUGGAAAACUCGAGCAUGAUGCAUCCUUAUGUCAUGUGGACACUGCUCUAGGUGAGAAUUGGAUUGUAAAAAAAGACUUAGUUGAUCAAUUAAUUGCUAGCGCAAUUGACGGAAAAAUCAAGCCGGAAUCUCUUAAAAACACAUUCCGAGCGCGCUAUUUGAAUUCGAAAGAAAAUGAUCCGGAUUUUACCUUUGGUACAUUCCAAGUACAACUUGCUGCGGGCGAAUACUCUUUAUUUCUAAAUAUUAUUGGUGCAAAUACAAAUAAAGAAGUGGAUGCCAAGGUUGCUGAAAUCUUUUUUCAUGAAGAAAGAUUGGCCGAUGAAUGGACACGACCGAAUUCAUCUGUGUCGCUUCCUACAAUAAUCAAAACUAAUUAUGAAUUUUCGAAAAUAAUGAAUGCAGAAAUAAAGGAGUUGAAUUAA